UUUUUUUUUUUUUUUGGUUUAAUCUUUAUUACUGCUAGUUGAGCUGUGGGUGUGUGGGCUUUUAAAAUAUGGUAAAAAGUUGAUUCUUGGAUUUCUUUGUUGGUUUAGUCUUUCACCAAAUGCCAUAAUAUCCUCAUUUGCCAUAAUUGUCACUUCCUUUAUUUCUUUUUUUGGUAUGCUUUGAAAUGCUUUUACCUGAGCCGAGGGUAUACUGAAACAACCUCUCUACCUCCCAACAUAGGGACAAGAUCUGCACACACUGUAUCCUUCUAAGACAUUAUGUUGUUGUGAUAAUAUCCUCAAUUGUACAAUUGAUUUCUUUUUUUUGAUCUGCUUUGAAAUGAUUUUACCUUAGCCGAGGGUCUACUGAAACAACCUCUCUACCUCCCAAUAUAGGUGUAAGGCCUGCAUACAUUCUACCCUCCCAAGACAUUAUGUAGUUGUGAUGAUAUUCUCAAUUGUAUAACUGAUUUCUUUUUUUGAUAUACUUUGAAAUGCUUUUACCUGAGCUGAGGGUUUACUGAAACAACCUCCCUACCUCCCGAGAUAGGCGUAAGGUCUACGUACACUCUACCCUCCCAAGACAUUAUGUUGUUGUGAUGAUAUCCUCAAUUGUAUAAUUAAUUUCUUUUUUUGAUCUGCUUUGAAAUGCCUUUACCUGAGCCGAGGCUCUACUGAAACAACCUCUCUACCUCCCAAGAUAGGCGUAAGCCAGUCCCUUGAGGGUAAUCAUUGCCGAACGCAGCCGGGUAUUUAAUUGAAAGUCUCCAUUUGGAAUGAUAUGGACAGGUCUAAGGAGGAAAUAGCGGCAAAUGAUGUAGCUGCAAAUGCGCUACCUAAAACAAGGGAGUGCGCUAUUUCUGUUGGACCAUCAAUAGGAAAGAGUACACCUACCAGUCAUAAGUUGCCGAAGGGAUCAACUUCUGCCAGUUCAGGGAUGUUGGACAGUGAUGGUAUGAACAGAAACGUAACGUCCAUGAAGGGGCCUCAGUCCCACGGUAGAAUCUCUUACUCAUUGAAUAGUUCAAGGCUCACAGUUGAAAAAUUGUGCAAUUACAAAAUUUCUGAACCAGCUUCCCGUAGAUGCUCCAAUAAUCAAGAAACCAAUCAGAAACCACAAAUUCAGUGGCAACGUUUCUAUCAAUCGGGGGCUGGCUCUAGAAUUUUGAAGGGGGAUGGGGAUCCUUCAUCCAUGAACAAGGCUGUUCAGCAAUCAAGUUCCAAGGAGUUGCCAGGAAUAAAUUUGCUAGCGCUGAAAAUGCUGAAGCAUGCAUCCGACAAAGAUAUCAAAGAUGGCUCUAGCGGGAUGUCUUCCCAAUCAACAGAAGACCACAAUUUAAUCAUCCCAAACAAUAGAUUACUUCUGGGAAAUAGUCAAUCAAAACUUUUAUCUACAUCUAGCUUUUCUCAGUUUUUUGCUAACCGAUCUCUUAAAGGCAAAAAUGUUUUACAAAAAGCCCCUGCACUUCAUAAAGAAGUUCAUACUCCCUCAAGUCUGCGGAAUGAGAAUAAGUUUGAGCAAGCUUCCACAAGAAUGGUAUCAUCUGAUGCAGUGUUUAAGCCAGAUGGUAAUUCUAAUCAAGCAUCCUUUAAUUGUAGUGAUCACAGAAGACCCACUUCAACUUACAAGGGAGUUACCUUGAGAGAGUGGUUAAACUUGAUGGGAUCACAGAUAAACAAAACUGAGCGGAUUCACAUAUUCCGGCAGAUAGUGAAGUUGAUCGAUAUUGCGCAUUCCGAAGGAAUUGCAUUCCAGGAUAUACGGCCUUCCUGUUUCAUUUUACUGUCACCUAAUGGUGUUAAAUAUAUUGGUCCAUCUGUCCAGAUAGACUCCACAUAUGUCGUGAACCAGAAUACUAAUGGGAAAAGGCCAUCCAACGUGGAAAUGCUUGCUAAAAGUAACUUGGGAUCAAAGCAGCAGAAGGUCAAUGUGAAUGUGAACUUGAUGAGACAGCAGCCUGAUUAUGAAGGCACAUCAUUUAAGGCAGGGUGUCGACUGGAGUCUGACAUUAAUCAAUUAGAAAAGAAGUGGUACACUUGUCCUGGAGAACUCAAUCACACAAGCCUAGCAUCAUCUAAUAUCUACAGUCUCGGGGUUCUUUUCUUUGAGUUGCUCUGCUAUUUUGAAUCACCAGCGGCACGUUCCGAUGCAAUGUUGAAUUUGCAAAGUCGCGUUCUCCCUCCAAAUUUCCUUUCUCAAAAUCCCAAGGAAGUUGGCUUUUGCUUUUUGCUGCUUCAUCCUGUACCUUCUUCUCGUCCUACAACAAGGGAGAUCCUGCAGUCUGAAUUAAUUUUUGGAGCUGAAGAAGUAUGCAAAGUAGAUGGUGUCCCAUCAUAUAUUGAGAAGGAUGAUGAUCCUGAUUCAGAAAUCUUGCUCCAUUUCCUAGUUUCACUGCAGGAGGAAAAGCAAAAUAAUACCUCCAAGUUAUUACAAAGAAUAGAUUGCCUAGAAGCUGAUAUCAAGGAUGUUGUGAGAAAGGAUGCCCCUAGAAAUUCAGAUUGGGUGGAGACAGAAUUCAACAAUAUGCGGCAGGGAUCCUGCUUUAAACAUCUUAAUUCGACUGACUGUAUUUCUAGAUCGGUUUCUAUUACAAGUAUGAGCAAUGAAAAGCUGAUGAAGAAUAUUUCUCAGCUUGAAAAUGCUUACUUCUGCAUGAGAUCCCAACUCCAACUUGUAGAAAAUGAUACAGUAGGUCGAACAGACACCGAUUUGUUAACGAGCCGUGACAGGUUGUUCCAGGUUUCAACAAAAGAGGCGGAGCCAAUUGUAAAAUCUGUUGAUCGUGUUGGAGCCUUCUUUGAAGGUAUUUGUAAAUAUGCUCGCUAUUGCAAAUUUGAGGAAUAUGGGACAUUAAGAAAUGGUGAUCUUCUCAACUCUACAAAUGUGAUCUGCUCCCUGUGUUUUGAUCAUGAAGAGGAUUAUAUAGCUGCAGCUGGCGUGUCAAAGAAAAUCAAGAUCUUUGAAUUUGCUUCACUUUUGAAUGAAUCUGCGGAUCUUCAAUAUCCUGUGGCUGAGAUGUCAAACAGAUCUAAGCUUAGCUGUGUUGCCUGGAAUAAUUAUAUGAAGAACUAUCUGGCUUCAACUGAUUAUGAUGGCAUAGUGAAGAUAUGGGAUGCAAGCACAUGUCAAGAAUUUUCACAACAUAUGGAGCACCAGAAGAGGGCUUGGUCUGUUGAUUUUUGUCAAGUGGAUCCGACAAAGUUUUCCACUGGAAGCGAUGAUUGUUCUGUAAAAGUGUGGACUAUUAAUGAGAGGAGUUCUGUGGAUACAAUCUGGAAUCCUGCCAACAUAUGCUGUGUGCAGUUUUCUGCUUACUCCUCUCAUCUGCUGGCUUUCGGAUCUGCUGAUUACAAGAUCUACUGCUAUGAUCUUCGCCAUACCAGGAUUCCGUGGUGCACAUUAUCUGGACAUGAGAAGGCUGUUAGCUAUGUAACAUUCUUAGAUUAUGGUACCAUGGUUUCUGCAUCCACAGAUAACACGCUUAAGCUAUGGGACCUAACGAGAACAAGUUUGGAAGGAUUGUCCUCAAAUGCUUGCAGCUUGACUUUCAAGGGACACACCAAUGAAAAGAACUUUGUGGGAUUAUCAGUUUUAGAUGGGUACAUUGCAUGUGGUUCUGAAUCUAAUGAGGUAUAUGCUUAUCAUAGAUCUCUACCAAUGCCAAUUACCUCUUAUAAAUUUGGAUCUGUUGAUUCUAGCUCUGGCAAUGAAGGUGACAGUAAUGGACAAUUUGUUUCAAGUGUUUGCUGGAGGAGAAAAUCUAAUAUGAUUGUUGCGUCAAACUCCACUGGAUGUAUAAAGCUGUUACGUUUGGUAUGAAUUGAAGCUCAUCAUCCUUAUCUUCUGAAUCUGUACCAAGAUAGCAGACGUGUUCUACAUCUAGCUUCAGCUGGAAUUGAGAAAAAUUAAGGAUUGAUAAUUCUGGGUGUUGAACAUUGAACUGAAUUUGUACUCGUGGUUAAAUGGGAUGGACUUCAAAAUAGGAGAUGACUCUAAUGUAUUCCUUGCCUGUCUUGAGAGUCUUCUGGUAAAUACAAAUGGAGAUGAAGCAGUUGUGGCCUCUGUCGCUGCUUCUGUUGCAUAGAAAUGACAUCAGCAAAGUUGAGAAACCAGCUAAUCGUGUCUUUGCUCAAAAGUCUCGGUAGACAUAGUUCACUUCUUUUCAGUUGUUACCUUGUGAGCAAACAUCUGGAGAUGUAUGUGACUGGUAAAGGAUCAGAACAUAAUUUCCCGGAGGGAAAGCUCUGAAGAUCCCAGCCUCGAUGUCACUGCUGUCAACCUGGCGGAAAUGGAGAAUCCAUCGAGCGGACAAUCCGGCUGAUGAAUGAUAAACUUGUCUGUUGAUUGGAUCGUUAGACGACUCUGUCAAACUUCUCACAUACUUCUGUUGGUGAAAGUAAGCUAUGGCUUCUUUCGUGUCCUUAUUCUCUUGGCUUUCUUCAAAAGCAACUCUCCCUGUUAAAACCUUAAAGCAUAUCAUCCGUGAACUAUGCCCGACUUCUCAGAAAACGUAAUACUCUCCAUUCCUCGAUUUUCUUUGAGUGGUAUCCAUGCUUCUUGCAAUCUGGAAGCAGUUAACUAGCUUAUGAAUUAUUGGAAAAACAGUUAGAAAAAUAACUUAACAGUCAUGUGUGCCAUGUUAGCUGCUUUACUGUUCUUCCCUCAUUAUUUAUUCGAUAAGUUGUCAAUAUUGCUUAAGCUUAAACAUUGAGAACCGGAGUGUAGUCUGAUAUUUCAGUCAUAUUAAAAUUAUCAGCAGCAUUUGAAGUGUUGGCCCUCAUGUAGUUAUUGCUAUUUCCAAUGUUGAAGAUACACUUUAGCCUCUAAUUGAAAAAUAGUCGUUGUCCUAU